UUAGUCCACCAACCGCAAUCAUUAGUCAGAUUCCGGUGUCACUGCUUUAUCGGAAAGGGGCAAUUUGUCAAUUCGUAUACCUCCCCAGUCCCCACUUUGCCCCCCUCCGUUACCGGGAAACGUUUAAACGUCGCCGUCAAACUCCCUGCUCCAUCAGCUCAGACUAUAGAGAGAGAAAGGAAGCAAAACUGCGACAGGGGAGAGAGAGAGAGAGAGAGAGAGAGUUUUGUUGAGUUACUCUCCCUGUCGGAGAGAAAUCUUCUUCCACAUGAAGGGGAAUCGUACGGAGAAUUAGGGUUUGCGUUUGGGAAAUCUAGAGAGAGAGAGAGAGAAUGGUAGGUGCAACGCUUGCGGGACUCCAAGACCACCUGAAGCUGGCGAGGGAGUACGCUCUUGAAGGACUCUACGACACCUCCAUUAUAUUUUUCGACGGUGCUAUUGCUCAGAUCAACAAGCACCUAAACACAAUUGACGACCCUUUGAUUCGCACAAAAUGGAUGAAUGUGAAGAAAGCUCUUUCCGAGGAAACGGAGGUUAUGAAGCAAUUAGAUUCAGAGAGAAGGGCAUUAAAGGAAAUUCCGAUGGGACGACUGCCUGCUUCCCCUCCAAUAAAUACGAAAUCUUCAUUUGUUUUUCAACCAUUAGAUGAGUAUCCAACUUCUUCAGGUGCUCCGAUGGAUGAUCCUGAUGUUUGGAGGCCACCAAGCCGGGACUCCAGCAGGAGGCCUGCAAGAUCUGGUCAAGUCGGUAUGAGGAAGUCACCACAAGAAGGUCCUUGGGGUCGUGGUAGUACUACAAGAACAGGCACAACUGCCCGUGGUGGUGCAAAAUCUGGGGCAUCGAGCAGGGUUAACUCAGGAGUGAGAGCAUCAACUGCUGGAAAGAAAGGUGCUGGCUCAGGAAAAUCUAGCAAAGCGGAUUCAGCAAAUGGUGAUGCUGAAGAUGGAAAGUUAAAGAAAAGAGAGUAUGAGGGUCCUGAUCCUGAUUUGGCUGCAAUGCUUGAAAGGGAUGUGUUAGAAACCAGUCCAGGAGUGACAUGGGAUGAUGUUGCAGGCCUGACUGAAGCGAAAAGACUUCUAGAGGAAGCUGUUGUCCUUCCUCUGUGGAUGCCAGAAUAUUUCCAGGGAAUUAGGAGACCGUGGAAAGGUGUUCUUAUGUUUGGUCCUCCUGGAACUGGAAAGACAUUAUUAGCUAAAGCUGUUGCUACGGAGUGUGGCACAACAUUUUUCAACGUUUCCUCUGCUACUUUAGCUUCAAAAUGGCGUGGAGAGAGUGAGCGCAUGGUUCGGUGCUUAUUUGAUCUUGCACGAGCUUAUGCUCCAAGUACAAUCUUCAUUGAUGAGAUUGAUUCUCUCUGCAACGCCCGAGGAGCAUCAGGGGAACAUGAGUCAUCUAGAAGGGUGAAAUCUGAGCUUCUAGUUCAGGUAGAUGGUGUAAACAAUACUUCGACGAAUGAAGAUGGUAGCCGUAAAAUUGUGAUGGUUUUGGCAGCUACUAACUUUCCUUGGGAUAUAGACGAGGCAUUAAGGAGGAGGCUUGAAAAGAGAAUUUAUAUUCCUCUUCCAAAUUUUGAGAGCCGAAAAGAGCUUAUUCGGAUCAACUUGAAAACUGUUGAGGUGGCCCCUGAUGUAAAUAUUGAUGAAGUGGCUCGUCGAACUGGGGGAUACAGUGGUGAUGAUCUCACAAAUGUUUGUCGAGAUGCUUCCUUGAAUGGAAUGAGGCGUAAAAUAGCCGGAAAGACGCGUGAUGAGAUUAAGAACAUGUCGAAGGAUGAGAUUUCAAAGGACCCUGUUGCCAUGUGCGACUUUGAAGAAGCAUUGACAAAGGUCCAAAGAAGUGUUUCUCAAGCUGACAUUGAGCGGCAUGAGAAAUGGUUCUCAGAAUUUGGAUCAGCAUAGAGAUGGAGAUCAAGCCAUAAUCGAAAUGAGUUUACUUUCCGACCGGUCUGGCUUGUUGAAUGAGAGUGAUCAUGUCUACUAAUUGUUUCUUGAUACUUCAGUUAUUGUUUCCUGGCGGAAUUGAGUUGUGUAGUUGAAAAUUGUUGGAAAGCUGUAUUGUUGUGCAAUUUGUAUCUUAACACGUCAUGUAAUGUAAUCUAAUUUUCCUUGCUUGCAAAACUAUUAUGUUUUCAUUUACCAUGUUAAAAUCGCAAGAAAUUAAUC